AUGCCAGAUGCGCCUCAUAGUAGCCCUGAGGCAGCUAUAAUACCAAUACCCGUGAGCGACAAUCGAGGACAAUCACUUGAGGCGUUCAAGUCAAAGCUCCGUGACGCAGGAUUGUACCAGCCUCCCUCCGAUGAUACGCCUGCAUCUCAUGAUGACUCAACUCUACUGCGUUUCCUACGAGCCCGGCAGUACGACGUAGACAAAGCACAAAAGCAGUUCUCCGACACAGAAGCCUGGCGCAAACAACAUAACGUUGACGAGCUGUUUCGUACUUUUGAGACUAAUGAGAUGGAAUCAGCCAGGAUAUUCUACCCUCGAUGGACAGGUCGUCGUGAUAAGACUGGCCUGCCGGUCUAUGUAUACCGCCUUGCUUCCUUAGAUGCGCCGUUGCGGAAGGAACUUGAGUCUGCGCCUUCGGAGCGUCGAUACCAGCGAAUUGUUGUGCUCCAUGAGGCGAUGACGCGCUUUGUGCUGCCGCUGUGCUCCCAUCUUUCUGCACCAACACCAAUAUCAUCAGUGACUACUAUAAUCGAUUUGGAGCAGGUAUCCUUGUCUGCAAUGUGGUCUCUACGAAGCCAUCUGCAGGUGGCUUCUGCGAUGGCUACGGCGAAUUAUCCAGAGACCCUCAAUACAAUCGCCAUCGUCAACUCGCCAUCUUUCUUUCCCACAAUAUGGAAUUGGAUCAAGACCUGGUUCGACGAAGGUACUCGGAACAAAAUUCAUAUCUUGAGCAAAAAUCCAGGUCCUACGUUGAGAUCGCUAAUCGAUGAGAAGGAUAUUCCACAGUCUUAUGGUGGACAGCUGCCAUGGAAAUUUGAAGAUGACCCAAACCUAGAUGACGCAAUCAAAGAAGUUAUUGGUGAGAUGCCUAAGGGUCCUAUACUCUUUGUAGACGGCUCCAUGGUAAAACCCUGA